AUGCAGCGCUCGGCGACCACUCCGACGCCGCCCGCCGCCCCUUUCUCCUUCUCGUCCCUCUUCGGCGGCGGCGGAAACCCGAAAAACCAACAACAACCCCACGACCCGAACCGGAUCCAGGAUCAGAACCUACCCGAAAACAUCCCGCUCUCACCAACCCAAACGAUCACGCAAGCGCAACGGCCAACAAGUUCAGGGAAGGACGCCAAAGACACCAGCCCGCGCCAACAAAAGACCUUGCUCAAGGACCGCAAGCCCUCGUCCGGCCGCAAAUCAUCGUUUGGCUUCCUCUCGUCGUCUCCUAGCAAGAGCCGCCGUCGCGCCAGCUCGGCCGCCUCCAACACUGCACCCCCGGCCGCGGCCGAUGGCGGCGGCGUCCCCGUUCCCGCGCUUCCCAGUCUCGCACACCGUCCCUCUGCGGCCCAACUGCUACCUACCGAAGACGCCGUCCCCCCACUGCCCGAGCCGUCUCCGAGAACUACGACAGCAAAUUCCGAGAGUCUAUCCAGGAUGCUUAGCCGUGGUGCAGUGACCCCCGUCUCGGGGUAUCCCGUAUCCGGCCCAGUGGGAGGGGGAGGAGGAGGAUCGCUGUUAAGUGGUGCCAACUCGGGCCAGCAGAGCGAGCUGGCUCUCGUUCAUCAACACAUACAGGAGACGGCAAACAAGCGAAUAUCUACCUUGGACUACCUUCGCAAAGCCCACGAAGGCCGCAUCUACUGGUUUAAUACCCUUCUUUUUGAUAAGCCUGAUCUACAACGCAUGCCAUACUUCGACGCCCGUAAACUCGGCCGCCGUGCCACCAAUUAUCUUCUCCUCGGCAUCUCCCUGCCCGCCGUCAUCGACCUCAACUCCAGCCACCCCAUCGAAUUCCUCCGUUCCUUGAAUACCCUACUUGCCGAGUUCGACGCCUUCCAGCAAAUCCAUACUGAGACCGGCGUCGCCGCCACCUCGCUCACACGUACUCGCAUCCCACAAAUGUUCCGCCGUGCCGCGGCCCCCGUCUCCAAAGGCCGCCGCAGCAGUUCCGCCGCAGGCCGCGACGGCGACGUCGGUAUUGGCUACUCCCUCGAACAAGUCGACAGCAACAGCACCGUAACUGGUGGGAACGGUGGUGGCGGGGGAGCCAACGGCGUGGUCGGGGCUGGGCCCCCUUCCGCUAUGGGGGGCCCUGGCGCCACGGUUGGUGGCAGCGCAUCUGCAGAUGCGGCCCCGGCAGGCAUUAUGGCCUUUGGAGCCAGCGAGGUCGAUCUCCUCCCCGGCGAAGAAUACACCUACCUGCUCACACCGACUCUGCCUUUCGACCCGGACUUUUUCGAGACGUUUGCUACCCUGUGCGAUGCGCUGAUCGAUACGUACACUCGCUUACUUAACCUGGUGGCUUCGCCGCGGGACUGUGGUGGGUCAGUGGCGGAAUUGUUUACCAAGGCGGAUAGCAAGAUUCGGAAGUUAUUUAUUCAGUCGGUCCUGCGUGAAUUCGAAGAUACCGGGCGGGCUGGGGUAAAAGGGGAGGUGGCUAGUAUUGGGAGGGUGGUUUUGAGUGGGUUAAUGUGA